AUGAUGGUGACAGCGGCUCAUUGUGACUGCAACCUGGGCAUCAUCAGCGUGCUACUGGGGGCCCACAACAUUGAAAAUGAGAAUGAACCGGGGACACAGAAGAUCUGGAUACGUCACCGAAUCCCCCACCCAGAAUACAAUGACAAGACAUUUGAAAAUGACAUCAUGCUGCUGCAGAAUGGGAAGCUGCCAGCUGGGCAGGGCUCUGAGGGCUCAGCUGUGGCGACUCUGACCCAGCUGGGCCUGAUCUCCCCCACCCCCGCCUGUGUGGUGGUGUAUGCAGGCACAGAGAUGGCCAAGGCCUCACCUGGCGGCUGGAAGCAUCACACUGAGGUGUCACCGCCACUCCCAUCUCUACUCCGACACAGGCACCUGGAGGAAGAGGCCAGCGGAGCCAUGUCAGCAGAUGUCUCAGCUUUAGCCACAUGCUCACCAGGUGCAUGCAUGGACCAGGAGGGGUCACUGCAAGCUGCAUCAGGUCUCAGCUCUGCCCCAGAUGUGCACGGCUGCAGACUGAGCCAGUGUCCAGAUGUGCCGCAUGCCCAGCUGUGGAGGGCACCUGUCCGUAUAGGAACCUUCCUCCAGCGCCUUCACCUGGACGUGAAGGGAGAGUGGGGACAGCGUUGCUUUGCAAAACGGCCGACAAGGGAGAUCAUCGAGGGAUGGGAAGCCCGGCCUCACUCCAGACCCUACAUGGCCUUUGUGAAAAUAGAGAUAGAAGGAAAAGGAGAAAUCAGGUGCGGAGGGUUCCUCAUCUGGGAGGACGUGGUGGUGCUGGUGGCUCAUUGUAUUCACAGCAAAAUCAGCAUGCUGCUGGGGGCCCACAACACUGAAAUAGAUGAACCGGGGAUGCAGAAGAUCUUGGUAUAUCGUCAAAUCCCCCAACCAGAACUUAAUGAUGCCUCGCUUGAAAAUGACCUCAUGCUGCUGCAGCUGAGGGAGAAGGCCAAGCUGACCCAGACUGUGGGCACCAUGUCCUUGUCCCAGAAGAAGGUGAAGAAGGGGGCAGUGUGGAGCGUAGCUGGCUGGGGCCAGACCAGUAUCAAAACAAACAAAAAGCCCUCCACGACCCUGCAGGAGGUGGAACUGAUGGUCAUGGACAAGAGCAUGUGUCUGUCUCGGCCCUAUCUGCACUAUGUCCCGUCCAGGAUGCUGUGCGUGGGGGGCCCCCAGGAGACGAAGGCACCAUUCCUGGGCGACUCUGGGGGUCCCCUGGUCUGUGAUGGGAAGGCCCAGGGCAUUGUCUCCCAUGGCAGCGGUGACGGGUCAACUCCCAGUGUGUUUACCAGGCUCUCCAAAUAUGUGUUCUGGAUCAAGAAAACUCUGCAAAACCUGAAGCCUUAG